GAGGGAGAUACAAGAAUACAGAUUGACGAGAUGGAUUUUUUCGAUGAAUGGAAAUCUCACGUACGCCGUGACUCCAACCCUCUCUGCUUGAUUCCGUCCGGAGAAAUUCCCGGAAAAUUCUCCGACUCCGAUUUCCAGAUACUCUUCUCGUCUCCAUCUCUCUGCCCUCCUCUUCUCUCUCCUCUCCCUCACCUCUCUCUCCCGCGCUUCCUCUCUACCGCUGCCGCCGUCCCUCCUUCGGCCUCUUCCUACAUAGCCGCCAAGUUUGGCCACAUGAAUCCCCACGAAGACGCUCUCCCGAUGCUCUCUUACAAUCGCCUCCAGAUCCUUCCUUGCCCGGGUAAAAAAUCCGUUUUGGUGUUCUUCCCGACCGGUAUUAACUGUGACCAAGUUGGGUUUUUGGUUCUUUCUGUCGGAGAUUCGGGUUUUCGGGUUGUGGGUUCGGAAGAACGCGACGUUUUGGUGGCAAAGGAGCGAUUUUUUUCAAGGAUACUGAGGAUAUUGGUGAAACCAGUUGAUGAAUCGGACGAUUCUUUUGGUAACUUAGGGUAUGUAAUGGUUUACACUCUGUAUUCUGUGCAUUGGUACUGUGUCAAGCACGGUGGGUCAGAGGAAAAACCGGUUUUGAGAUACCUAGGAUGUAAGAGGUUUAAGAGUUGUUCGAUAGCGAGUGCUUCUUGGAGCCAGCAUUUGCAUGGAGAAUGUCUGGUCCUGUUAGAAAACGGUUCGAUGUUCCUGUUUGACGUAAGUGAGGAAUCAAACGGUUAUUUCUGCGGCAAUAGGGUCAAGGUUCCAUGGGGAGAUCAAAAUAAAUCUGAGAAGUGUUGUUGGUUGGGUUGUCAGUUCAGUUGGCAUCCGAGGAUAUUUAUCGCAGCUCGAUCAGACGCGGUCUUCCUAGUUGAUACAAGGUCUGAUAAAUGCAGUUUGACACGUUUAAUGGUUUCUUCAUGUCGAACAGAACAAUUCCUUACAUUUUCUAGCUCAGACACAGAGGGUUUCCAGUUUAUUCUGGCUUCUCGUAGUCUUCUAUUUCUCUGUGACGUUCGGAUAUCAUUAUCCCCUCUGUUGCAAUGGUCUCAUGAUGUCUCAAAACCAUGUUUCAUCGAUGUGUAUAGCUUGUCUGAACUGAAGUUAGGGACAGAAUCGGAUAAGCGGGCUGAUGGAUCAUGCAUUAUACUGGGAUCAUUAUGGAAUUCAGAGUUUAGCAUGUUUUACUGUGGAUCUUAUACUUCAGCUGAUGAAGAGUCUGAUGUUCCAAGAGUUGGUAACGAUUCAGGGUCGUUGUAUGUACAGGAGCUUCCUUGCGGUUCCUUCUUUUCUGGCCAGUGUUCUUGUGGGGAUUGUAUUUUGAGAGAAAAUAUUAUGAAGGAUACUUGUCAUGAUUGGAUCGAUUGGCAAAAGAAGAAAGAGAUCAUUCUGGGGUUUGGUGUUUUAAACAAGUUUCUUCAGCUGAACUCGGAUCAAUUUCCUGGAUUUACGUUCAUCAGAAUAACAUCUUCGGGAAAGCUUGAAGUGAACACUUUUCGUUUCUCCUGGGAUUCUUUAACAUAUAUGAAAGAAGCUCACGGACAUUUGCCAUGUGAAUCUGACAAGGAAAGCUUACUCUACCUCACAGAUUAUGGUGAAUACAAGUUUCCGAAACGCUUCAAAUACCUUGAACUCGAUUAUAUUUGUGCUUACAUGAACGGUAAUCUUGCUGAGUUAUUAGAUUCAAGGAUGAGAACAUCUUCCUCAGGUUCAGGGAAGGAAAAACCUUUUAGCCUAGAAGCUCAUGAGGCUUUGUGUGAGAAGUUGAAGAUUUGUGGGUUCGGUAGAGACAGAAUUUCUCCGGCCAUUGCUGCAGUCUUUGAUGGCAUUAGGUCACCAACGAGCAUUUUCGAGAUUGCUUUGAAGCAAACCUGGGCGUCCCUUCCUACUGAGCUUUUGCUGUUGGCAUAUUCAAACUAUUCUGAGUUCCAAGAUGUCUUGCUAAACUUGAAGAGAGUAUCACUCGAAUUCCUUGUUGUUCCAGAUCUCCCUCAGUUGCCACCUUUCCUCUUAAGGAAGCCUUCUUGCCGGAGUAGCAAGUGGACAUGCAAAAACCUACCGACUGAUGAGCUCGUUGGUCCUGUCCUUCCACUCCCUGUUCUUCUUACACUUCACGAGAUCUGUAAUGGAAGCCUGAAUUCACAGGAAGACCCAUGUGGGUUUUCACCAGAGGCAGAGUUCUCUCAUCAAUGUGAUCAGGUUUCUCAAGUUGCUAGGGACGUGGUAAUCUUCGGGUCUGAUUCAGAAGUUGUUCAAAGAGACGAACACAAGUCCAUUUCACUUGGCGAUGACCAUGAUGAUGCUAGGGAUGAUAAUUCCCAGAAACAGAAACCCUUUAUUGCAUAUCGUCCAUUUACUGGGAGUUCUGCUUCUGCAUGUGAGGACGGAGCAUUUUCCAUGUUCAUUUCAAGAGUGCAGGGUAAAGAGUCUGUUGUUGAAGAUAAGAUGGGGAGUGUAGGGCCUGAGCUGUUUGAUUUGUCGCCCGUCAUCUUGGAGUUUGAACACCGGGAUCUGAAUUUUAAUUCACAAGAACUUGGCAAAACCGAUUUGCAUAAGUUUGAGGUGCAAUUCUCUCAGUGGCAAAAUCAGUUUACUCCGUUUCAGGAGUUCCUUUCUCAAUACAAUCUCCAAAUGUGAAGUCAACACACAAAAAUUCGUCCACAGUCUACCUCCUUUGGGUUGUUUUUGGGGGUAGAAAGUUAUUUCUGUUCCUCAUCAUUGUAUGCAUACAACAAAAGAGCGACUGAAUGGUUGAACACAUUGAGCAGUUUCGGUCAUGGUUCUUCAUGCUCGAGUGACAUAUAGAAGAGAGGAUGGAUAUCAGAAUGGACAGAGGGGUGCAGCAACUUCCAAAGGAAAGAAAGAAUCGACCAGCUGAAUCUCCAUGAUGAUGAUGAUGGAGGCGACAAGAGCAGACCUUUGGUUAUCCUCAGACACAUAUUCCUUGCAGAGUUAUUAUCCACCAGGCGGCAAUACUUGAAAGGAGCAUGAGGAUAGUAAAUCUCUGUUUCAGGAUUCGGAUGAACACUUUCGAAGCUCUGAAGCGAUGGAACUGCGGGUAGUCAGAUGAAUGUUUCCACGGUCAAAGCUGAAUUCUUGCGAGUAUGGCCGCCCGGAAUGAUGUAAAAACUAGUGACUAAGGCGAUCUGAAAUCGGGAUGAAUCCGGAAAGAGAAUGCAGAAGCAGCGUUUUCUGCCAAUCCGCCGGGAUUAUGUUUAACCUUGAUCAAGGGGAGAGCCGAGGAGAAACUUACAAAGGGUCUCUCACCAUUGAGGACCAUGUUUUGCUAAUCGUCCUCUUACAUCUGAAACAUUCACUUUCCAGAUGCUGUUCUGUUCUGUUCUUUGUUGAUCUGUCUUCAUCCUUUCUGCAGUUUUGAUUCUUUCAUGUACUACUCUGUUCUUUAUGUAAAUAUAUCAUUAUGCGGCCAAAUC